CCCCGCGCCCGGCCGGAAGCGGCGCGAUGGCGGCCCGAGCCCAGUCCGGUGCGGCCGUGGCCCCGGCCCCGGCUCCGCGCGGCCCCGCGGGCUGAGGCCGCGCCCGCCCGGUACCUCUCGCGGGGCGCCCCCCGCUCCUGCCGCCGCCAUGGCGCUCAUCGAGGGCGUCGGCGAUGAGGUGACGCUGCUGUUCGCGCUGCUGCUGGCGGCCGCCGUGCUGGGGCUCGCCUGGGCCUCCACGCGCGCCCCCGAGCCCGCGGCGCCGCCGGCCGAGGCGGCCCCGAGCGCGGCCCCUGCCGAGCGCAAGGCCCCGAGCCCGGCCCCGGCCCCGGCCCCGGCCCCGGCCCCGGCCCCGGCCGAGGGAGCGGCGGCCCCCGAUGAGGCGGCGGGGCUGCGGCACCGGAACUCCGCCGCGGCCGCGGGCGAGGGCCCCGCCGAGCCCACGCUGGUGCUGCGGCUCAAGUUCCUGAACGACACGGAGCGCCUGGCGCGGGUGCGGCCCGGGGACACCGUCGGUGCGCUCAAGAGGACCUACUUCCCCGGGCAGGAGCAGCAGGUGCGCUUGAUCUACCAGGGGCAGCUGCUGCGUGACGAUUCCCAGAGCCUGGCGGGGCUGCACCUGGGCCACCUGAGCGUUCUGCACUGCCACCUGUCCCCGCCCAGUGUGGCCCCCACGGCCCCCGGCAGCCCUGGUCCCCGCAGCCCCGCGCCCGCCGCGCUGGGCGUGGGCAGCCUGGCGCUGCCGCUCUUCGUGCUGCUGCUGGCCCUGCUCUGGUACCUGCAGCUGCAGCACCGCCACGUCUUCACCGCCACCGCCACCACCUGCCUGGCCGGCCUCACCCUGCUCGUCACCUUCGUGGCCUUCGCCAUGUACCGCAGAUAGCGCGGCUGGACCAGCGCCUGGGACACGGGCACCGGGAGCCACGCCUGGGACACUCAGAGCCUGCCCAGCCCACCUCGGACAUGCAUUCAGCCCGCUCAACAUAUCGGGGCACGUGGGGCCUGCCCGCUGCACCUGAGGCGGGGGUCUGGGCCCUGGGCUGUGUCCCCCACGGGCCCAGGAGUCCCGGGCAGGUGCCCACCCGCACCCUGUCUGCACACAGGGGCUGUCGCAGGAGUGGUGGCUCAGCUACCUCGGGGGGUCCCGGUGCCCCCGUCCCUGCAUGGAGCAUCCCCCCAGGCACUCUGCGUGCAGAAGCUCCUCGGGUGCGGUCCUGCUUGGGGUGAUGUCCGUGCCCGUGGAGCUUCUCUUUGGAAUACAGCGUGGCUGCUCCUGGGGAUCCCGGUGCCUGGGGAGGGACACGAGCCCAGGGGUGCCGAGGGUCCCGGUGCCGGCGGGAUGCGCUCCUGAGGUCCCGGGGUGCUGGGGGUGUCUGCACUCCCCACUGUCCCGGGAGUUCUAGUGCUAUGUUGGGGGGUCCCACUCCCCAGCGCCGUUCCGAUUAAAGCGGAAGGACUGUGA